AUGGCUGCCGACGCUGAUCAGAAAGUGGCCUCGGAAUCCCCGGCCAUCGACGGUGACAAGUUAUCCUCGCCGCCAUCGAUCGAACAUGCCCAGGUCGUCAAUGUCGGGCGCGAGAAUCUCGGAGAGGUUCUCCCGCCCCACGAGACCUACGAGGGCCGUCACCGCUUCGACCCGUCGGCAACGUGGACCAAGCAGGAAGAGCGCAGGGUGGUGCGCAAGACCGACCUGUACCUGCUCUCAUGGCUCUGCGUCAUGUUCUUUGGGCUCCAGCUCGACCGCGGAAACCUGUCCAACGCGCUGGCCGACGGCUUCCUCGCCGACAUGGGUUUGACCACGGACGACUACAACAACGGCACCACCAUCCAAAUCAUCUUCUUCCUCGCCGCCGAGUUCCCCGUGCAGAUGGCAGCCAAGAGGUACGGCUUCAAGUACAUCCUCCCCAGCCUGAUGAUGGCGUGGGGGACCGUGUCCUGGGCCCAGGCCUGGCAGCACGACCGCGCCAGCUUCCUGAUAUGUAGAGCCUUGAUCGGCCUCUGCGAGGGCGGCUUCAUCCCGGCCACCAUCCUGUUCUCGACCUAUUUUUACACGUCCAAGGAGCUGGCGGUGCGUCUUGCGGCUUUUUGGUCGACGCUCAAUGUUGCCCGCGUCAUCUCGGCCCUGCUCGCCGCUGGUAUCUUGCAGAUGCGUGGCGUUGGUGGACAUCCUGGUUGGUUCUGGCUCUUUCUGCUCGAAGGGCUUUUGACUUGUGUUAUUGCUGGUAUUUCCUACGUCUAUCUCCCCUUCUCGCCUACCGCAACCAAGGGAGGUCUUUGGCGUAAACCGUGGUACACGGAGCGCGAGGAGGUUAUCAUGGUGAACCGCAUCCUCCGUGACGAUCCGGCAAAGGGCCGAACAGCACUGAAGGAGGCGAUCAAGUGGAAGGACGUCCUCGACGCCUGGAAGGAUCCCUCGGUCUGGGGACUCUACUUUAUGGGCCUCGUUGCCUACAUCCCCGCCACGCCGGUGCAGGCGUACCUGACGUAUCAGCUCCGGCAGCUCGGCUACUCGACGUUUGACUCCAACAUGCUCACGAUUCCGUCGGCGGCGCUCCAGAUCAUCACGAUGCUGGCGCUGGCCUACAGCAGCGACUACUUCAACGAGCGGACCUUCCACUGCUUCUUCGGCGAGGCGUGGAUCCUGCCGCUGCUGGCGGGCAUGCUGGCGAUCCCGGACGGCGGGCGGCCGUGGGAGCGCUUCUCGCUCGUGACGCUCAUCUCGGGCUACCCGUACUUUCACCCCAUCAUCUCGUCCUGGAUCUCGGAGAACACGUUCGACGUCAAGAAGAGGGCCGUGACGGCGGCCACGUACAACGUCGUGGUCCAGGUGGGCUCCAUCACGGGGUCGCAGAUCUACCGGGCCUACGACGCGCCUUACUACAAGCGCGGCAACGCCGUGCUCAUCUCCAUUUGCGCCCUCAGCCUCGUCACGCUGCUGGUGCAGAGGAAGGUGCUGACGACGCUCAACAAGCGCAAGGAGAGCAAGUGGGCCGCCAUGUCCGGACCCGAGCGCGCCGCGUACCAGAACGACACGGAGGCGCGGGAGAAGGACGGCAACAGGCGGUUGGACUUUCGCUUUGUUUACUAA